AUGGUGGCUCAGAUGAUGAGUUCAUCGCUGGGAGCCAUGGGGCCCCUUCUUUCGAACCUGCAGACUCUGAUGGUCUCUCCCGAGCAUCAGCUGCCAAAUCCACUGAUGGAAGAGAUCGAGCUUCUGAAGCAAGAUUUGGAAACAAUCAACACCUGCCUCAUCAAUCUUUCCAGGUCAGAAUCUCCCAACAGGAUGGCUAUGCACUGGAUGAAUGAGGUGCGCGACCUUUCCUAUGACAUGCAGGAUUAUAUCGACAGCAUGAUGCACCCCAACAAGAUGUCUGAUUACCAGAUGAAUCAGAACAUCUUAUCUGUAGUCAAGAAAUUCAGGAGUCUUGUGAAGCAGGCCAGUGAACGCCAUGAGAGUUACGAGCUAUGGCGUUGGGCAUCAAAUCCUAGCUACAGUAUGGUCAGCAAUGGCCAAGACCCCGUUUUAACACUUAACGGGAAGGCCAAACAACUUGUUGGUAUAGGUGAAUCAACGGAUAAACUUAUCAAGUUGUUAAAUACAGACAGCAACGAUGCUGGUGCUCAGGGACAUCUGAAAGUAGUAUCCAUUCUUGGACCUGCUGGUGUUGGUAAGAGCACGCUUGCCAAAGAAGUAUACCGAGAAAUUGGAGCACGGUUCGAAUGUCUAGCCUUUGUGCGGGUGUCAAGGAUGCCUGAUACAAGGAGGCUACUCCGGAGCAUCAUCUCUCAAGUCCAGUGCCAUCAGCGUCCUCUGUAUGGUCGCAGCGUGCAAGUCCUCAUUGCCAACCUCAGAGAACAUCUUCAACAGAAGAGGUAUUUCAUUGUAAUUGAUGAUUUAUGGGAAAGAACAUCUUGGAAUAUUGUGAAGAGUGCUUUUCCAGAGGAUACUAAUUGUAGUAGAAUAUUAAUAACGACUGGUAUUGAGAAAGUUGCUCUGGAGUGCUGCAAGUCCAUAAGAGUUUUAUCAAGUCAGGCAACCGAAUCUGAGAUAUAUUCCAACAACCAUGUGAGAGCCCAAGUAGGUAUUUAUAAGGUGGAGCCACUGAGCACAGAAGACUCCACAGAGUUGUUCUUCAAUGAAGUGUUUGGCUCGAACCAUGAACACUCUAACAGUUCCAAGGAAUAUUCAGAUGAAAUUAUAAAAAUGUGUGGUGGCCUGCCACUAUCAAUCAUUAUGGUAGCUAAUAUUUUUGCAAGUCAACCAGAUAAUGCAGAGCUAUGGCAUCAUGUGAAGAAAUAUUUAAAAACCAGCUUGGAAAAUAAUUUUUCUACAGAAAACAUGAUGAGAGAAAUAGUAAUCCUGAGCUAUAAUAAUCUUUCACAUCAUCUGAAGACAUGCCUACUACAUCUUAACAUGUAUCCUGAGGGUUGUACAUUCAUGAAGGCCGAUUUGGUGAAGCAAUGGUGGGCCGAAGGUUUUGUCAGUGCAAUAGCAGGCAAAGAUAUCAAUGAAGUUGCAGAGUGUUAUUUUGAUGAGCUUGUCGGCAGAGGACUUAUACAGCCUAACCAUGUCAGUUUCUCAGAUGAAGUGAUCUUCUAUACAGUGCACUCUACUGUUUUUGAAAUUAUUAGGAACAAGUCCAUAGAGGAGAAUUUCAUCACUGUAGUAGACUACUCUGAAACCAUUACAAAACUUUCUGCAAAGGUUCGUCGACUAUAUCUCAGCUUCAGUAAUGCCAAAUAUGCAACCAAACCAAAAGACAUCACACUGUCAACAGUUAGAUCACUCACAUUUUAUGGACCUGUUCAGUGUCUGCCUUCUAUUAGAGAAUUCAAGUUACUUCGAGUUCUGAUCCUUGAAUUUUUGGUUGAUAGAAAAGACAUAGAUCUUAGUGGAAUCUACAGAUUAUUUCAGCUGAGAUAUGUCCGGAUUACAACUGAUGAUGAUAACAUUGUAUAUCUGCCGCCGUCGAUGAAAGGAUUAAAAUAUUUAGAGACGCUGGAAGUAUAUGCACGUGUAAAGUCGAUUCCAUCCGAUAUUGUUCAUCUCCCAAAAUUGUUGCACCUGCGUCUUCAAGGUGAGAUAAAACCUCCUGCAUCUGUUGUCCAUAUGAAAUCUGUACGCACACUUCAGUCUUUUGACCUCAGCAGUAAUUCUGAAGAUAAUAUACGGCAGUUGGGUGAGAUGAUGGACCUGCAAGAUCUUCAUCUCACCUGUUCCACAGAAACAUCUGACCUUCUAGAGAAAAACCUGAUAGCUCUGGCUUCAUCCCUUGGGAAACAUGGCCAACUAAAAUCUCUGGUUCUGGAACCUGGUGCUUUGCGCACAAGCAUUUGCUUGGAUUGCUCAAGCCGUGUGUCUUCUCCACCCGUUUCCCUUCAGAGACUUGAAUUGUUGCCACCCCUUUGCAUCUUUUCAAGACUUCCUGAAUGGAUUGGACAACUUCGAAAGCUAUGCAUUCUGAGAAUUGUUGUUAUGGAAUUGACAAGGGAUGAUGUAAACAGAAUCUCUGGACUGCCAGAACUCACUGUUCUCUCGUUGUAUGUCAUUCAACCAAUUGCAGAGAGCAUUAUCUUCAGCCGUGCAGAAUUUCCAGUUCUGAAGCAUUUCAAGUUAAGAUGUGGCAUUCUGCGCCUUGAAUUUCAGGCAGAAACGAUGCCAAAGCUUCGGAGCCUCAAUCUUGCAUUCAAUGCCCACAGUGGAGAGCAGUACGGGGAUAUGAUUGCUGGCAUCGAGAACUUAUUAGACCUCCAAGGGAUCAUUGUACAAAUUGGGACAGCCCCAGAUGCAGAGGAAUCAGACAGGAUGGCUGCAGAAUCUGUAUUUAAAGAUGCCAUCAGCAGGCAUUCAAAACCUCCGAGCUUCAGCAUACGAAGGGCUGAUCCAGUUGAGGAAGAGAUUCCCCAGUUUUCUAGUCCACCAGUAUGCUUCUCUUGUCCAGAAACGCUGGAUAGGCUUACCACAGCUAAUGUAAUCAGUGAAGUAAAUGAGAUACAUGUUGCUCACGACAAUGAACUCAAGGCUACAAGCGAUCAAGUCUCACUGACGGACCAGCCAGUGGUGACCAGCACAUAUCCUCGUCGAACACCUCCAGUGGCUUCGGAGCCAUCUAGGGGACGUGGUCAGAGCGUCAGCGGUACCACAGAACCACUGGGCGGCUACUUCGUCGGCCGUCCGGCCAACUACGAGGACAAACAGCAAGAUGCCGCCGAUGCACUGAACAAAAAGAGCGCUCCUGCUGGCUACUACUCCGGCCCUCCCGCCGCGCCGCACGACAAGCACAAGGCGCCGCCGUCCGAGUCCGAGCCCGUUGACGGCCAGGUCAUGGUCUCAGUCCCUGGCGGCUACUACUCCGGCGGCCCUUCGAAACUUGGCGCCGGCGGCCAGGGCAGCUCCGCUGCUCCUAAGGAAUCGGGCUUCUUCGCCAGCUGGAAGCUGCCUCCCCAAAGGCACCUGCUCCCUGCUCUACUGUCUACUCCCACCUCCCAUUUCCAUCUAUCCAAGAAGCAGAGGCCGGCAGCGGAGGCGGUGCUCCACCGGCUUCCUCCUCUUCGCUCAUCGUCCCACUCUCUCCGGAGGAGGCUGCCGGAGACUCGCCAUGGCCGACGCCUCGGGCAAUCCUGCCGAUGGCCCCUGGGCCUGGAGUACGAUCCGCAACAAGUUCAGGCAGUGCCGGCACCGCCGCUGGAAGCAGCACAGCCGCAGCCACAGCAGGAUGUUGGCGACCAGGUCGCCAACCACACUCAUGUCCAUGGCGUUCCUGGAUACUAUAAAGGCCGCCUUAGCAACACGAACACUGCUGUAGCUCCUCUUUCAGCAACAGCUGCUGUUGCUCCUCCUCCUCCUGCUCCUGCUGUUGAACCUGAAAGGAAGCUGAGCUGGAUUGACAAAUGCAAGUGUGGAGCUCAGUUGAUUGGCCUAGUGUCGAAGCAGGACAAGAGCUUUGGGCAGAGGUUCUACAAGUGUCCUCUAAUUAACCAUUUCUACAUGUGGGAGGACCAAUACGUUGAGUACCUCAUCGGCAAAUCCAAGCUUCCACGAUGUUUCUCAAAGAUCGGUAGAGGGUCGCCGUCUCUGGGGUUGACUCAAGCCAUGGAUCCAAGGAUGUCCUCUCAGGAGCUGAUUCAAGCCAUGGAGUCUUUGAAGGAAUCAAUUGGAGGAUGCACUACCCUGUUAGAAAGCACAACCGCAUCUAUGAAGGAUGCACAUGCCGCUUUGAAGAAAAUUGUUGAUGCCAAUCAGUCAAUAGGGAGCAACAUCGACAAGAUAGGCGAUCGUUUGCUUGUUUUAGGUCUAGCAACUAUGUUCAUUGUAGUGCUACUUCUCUUGGUGGUGUUAGUGAAGUGA